AGUUGCCAAAGAAGGUGGACAGCAUCACGCCGUACACGAUGGCUCUGAUCGCCAAAUACAUCGCUCGCCAUCGGCUGAGGGAGACGAGGCUGCUGGACACCAUCGCGGACUUCCUGGUGAAGAAGGCGGAGUACCUGGACAGUAAGGUGAUCCAGAAGCUGGUGUUCCCGUUCAGCAGGAUGAGCUACCGUCCGUCCAACGAGCAGCAGUUCUUCUCCAGGCUGGAGGAAGUGGUGGAGCUGAAGGCGCUCAGCUCACCGCUCGCCACCGUCAACAUCCUCAUGUCCCUCUUCCAGCUGGGACACUUCCCCGGCCUGGUGCUGCACCGCGUCUUCUCCUCCGCCUUCAUCAGCAACGUCACCAGUCAGUACCCAAGCAAAACCAGUACAACCAGUACAACCAGUUCAACUAGUACAACCAGUACAACCAGUACAACUGAACACAACCAGUGCAUCUCAGGACCUCUCAACAGAACCAGUACAACCUAUACAACCAGUACAUCCCAAUACAUCUCAGUACAUCUCAGUAUAACCAGUAUAUCUCAGUACAUCUCAGUACAUCUGAGUAUAACCAGUACAUCCCAGUACAUCUCAGUAUAACCAGUACAUCUCAGUACAUCUCAGUAUAACCAGUACAUCCCAGUACAUCUCAGUACAUCUGAGUAUAACCAGUACAUCCCAGUACAUCCCAGUACAUCUCAGUACAU